ACGACUGAACACCCACGAGAAGCACAAGACGAGGUAAAUCCAACUGCGACAGAAAAGAGACAAUGGAGAUCGAGAGAUGAGCCUGACAAUGAUGUUCAGUUCAGAGGACAGCAGAGCUUCAACUUUGUUCCUAAGACUACAGUAGAGAGUUUUUGCCAAUAUUUCGAUGACGAACUGUUGGAAAAAAUAAGAUAUCAAUCCAUUCUAUACAGCACUCAGAAAGGAAAAUCUGUGAACAUCACCAAAGAAGAACUGCUUACUUUUUUUGGAAUCACAAUAAUAAUGAGUUACAACAAACUUCCUUCUCUCCACCAUUAUUGGACAAACAGUGAUGACAUCGGAGUGAAUGCUAUCAAACAAGCAAUGUCCAGAGACAGGUUUGAAUGCAUUUUAUCUAAUCUCCAUUUGAAUGAUAACAGUCAGAUGAACUCUCACAAAAAAGACAAACUUUUCAAAGUUAGACCUUUAGUUGAUCAUCUUAACAAUAAAUUCAUUUUGCGAAAUCACAAAGAACACCUCGCUAUAGAUGAAUCAAUGAUCCGCUUCAAAGGACGAUCAUCACCGAAACAAUACAACCUGAUGAAGCCUAUAAAAAGGGGCUAUAAAAUCUGGUGCCUGGCUGAUGUGUAUGGUUACAUCUACAAAUUUGACAUCUACACUGGGAAGAAUGAAGGAAUGUCAGCUGCUAAGAAAGAAUUUGGUCUGGGUGGAUCAGUUGUAAAGGAUCUCUCAUCUCAUCUCGAAGGUAAAAAGCACAAAAUUUUUUCUGAUAAUUAUUUUGCUUCUAUUCCUCUAAUGGAAUACUUAAAAAGCAAGGAAAUUUGUGCAUGUGCAACUAUUCGCUCUUCCAGGAAAGACUUUCCUUCACUGAAGGCAGACAAGGAAUUGAAAAGAGGUGACUAUGAUUACAAAGCAAAUGCAGGUGUAACUGUCUACAAAUGGCAUGAUUCAAAACCUGUUUACCUGAUAUCAAACUACCACAGAAGUGCUUCAUCAACUGUAAAACGCAAGAAUAAGGAUGGAAGCCAUGUAGUACUCUCAUGUCCAACUGCAGUACGUGAUUAUAACUCGUAUAUGAUAGGAGUGGACAAACACGACAUGCUUCGCCAGCUGUAUGGACUAAACAGAAAGGCUAAAAAAUGGUGGCAUCUAAUUUUUUUUGGGCUGUUUGACAUGGCAAUUGUAAAUUCAUUCAUUGUCUUUCAAGAAACAACCAGACCUGAGAUGAACUUUUUCAAUUACAGAAGAUCACUAGCACAAGGCUUGUUGACUAUCGGAAAGUGUGAACGUGCAGACAAAAGAGUCAAGAGAAGGAAGUUCAACUACUCAGUGCCAUCUUCAGUGAGACUUUCUAACACUGGCGUGCACUGGCCUGUGUUCGGCCACCCCAAAGGACGCUGCGAAGUUUGUGCUUCGGAAGGAAUUCAGUCACGUCCAACAUCGCAGUGUUCACAAUGUAAAAUCAAUCUCUGCUGCAAUACGUCCAAAAAUUGUUUUAUGCGUUAUCAUCAAUAAUGGCAAAAUCUCUGUGCAAAGUACAUAUAACAAAAAACCUGCUAGUUUUAUCUCAUUUAUUAGUCUUUUAUUGAUAAAAUUCAAGCUUGCUAUACAAAUAUACCGUAUAAAGAAACUCAUAUGUUAAGGAAAUGUUUUUUACAAUAAAUGAG